CGCCCUUCCUCUAGUUUUUCACUGCUUCUAUUCUCGGUCGUCGGUCGUUUACGGAGGCCUUAACUUGGCGAUGGGCUGCUGCUGUAGCAGUCCAGAGCCGACGGUCAGCAAGCACGGCUCCCAGCCUCCCCGAACGACAAACGGAGCGACGACUGGCGGAGGCACGACCGCAGCGCAGCGAUACGAAGACAAGCCGCGCUUACAGAGUGGCCUGCGCUCGCCGGUGGGUUCACAGAUGGCGGCGGCGGCCGUGGCUGGUCAUGGGCCAGGCUACAGCAUUGGCGCCGCUGGCCCGAUGGCGGGAUACUCUCGCAAGAACCAAUCAGCAGGCGGAUUGGCGGCCAACAUUUUUAUCGCGCUCUACGACUACGAGAAGCGCACAGAAGAGGACCUGAGCUUCAGGAAGGGCGAGAAACUGCAGAUCAUCAACAACGCCGACGGCGACUGGUGGCAGGCUCGUUCGCUGACGACAACGCGCGAGGGUUACAUUCCCAGCAACUACGUGGCGCCCUACCAGUCGUUCCAGGCGCAAGAUUGGUUUCACGGAAAAAUCAAGCGUAUCGAUGCUGAGAAGCGGGUUCUGGCAGCUGGUAAUCCACAUGGUACUUUCCUUGUGCGAGACAGUGAGAGUCAACCCGGAAACUUUAGUCUCACGAUACGUGAUGGAGACUCAGUGAAGCACUAUCGAAUACGAAAAACAGAUACUGGAGGUUACUACAUUGCGAGUCGAGCAAUGUUUUCAUCAUUGAGUGAGCUGAUAAAACACUAUGCAAGGCAGGCUGAUGGUCUAGCGAGCCACCUUGUCAAAGUAUGCCCGAAAUCGGGCUCUCCAAUCACCGAGGGUCUCUCAUACAACACAAAAGACCAGUGGGAGAUCCCCAAAUCAUCAAUUCAACUGACAAAACGCCUCGGGCAAGGGAACUUUGGUGACGUCUGGGAAGGAUGCUGGAACGCAACUACAUUGGUUGCUGUAAAGACACUAAAGCCAGGAACGAUGGCACGAUCCGCUUUCCUUGAAGAAGCUCAGAUUAUGAAAAGGCUUCGUCAUGAGAAGCUCAUUCAGUUGUAUGCUGUUUGCACCCAGGAGGAGCCCAUUUAUAUUGUCACCGAGCUAAUGAGACAUGGUUCGUUGCUGGAGUAUUUGCACAGCGAUCUUGGGAAGCUGCUCAGUUUGGCCCAGCUAAUAGACAUGAGCGCACAGAUAGCAUCAGGCAUGGCUUAUCUUGAAGUGCAAAGGUAUGUGCAUCGUGACCUUGCAGCUCGAAAUAUCCUAGUCAACGAAGGGAACAUCUGCAAGGUUGCCGAUUUCGGCCUUACUCGUUUGAUUUCCGAUAACGAAUAUUCUGCCCGUGAAGGCACAAAGUUUCCUAUCAAGUGGACAGCCCCGGAAGCUGCUCUCUAUGGUCGUUUCACUAUUAAAUCGGAUGUGUGGUCAUUUGGUGUCCUUCUCACUGAGUUGGUUACCUAUGGCCGUAUCCCGUAUCCCGGCAUGACAAACGCAGAAGUUCUGCGAGCUGUGGAGCAGGGAUACAGAAUGCCAUGUCCGGGACAGUGUGAGAUGCCUCUCUACGAGAUCAUGUUAGAAUGCUGGAAGGCGGACCCCGAUGUGAGGCCGACAUUUGAGUAUCUCAAGUACCGACUCGAAGACUACUUUGUUUCUUCAGAAGGUCCAUACAAGGGAAUCAAUUAAUUAAGUGUAUUCAAUGUAGGGAACAUUAUGCUAUUGGAUUGUUUUCUAAGAGGCAUGAGCAUGCUACAGGUGUAUGUACAGAUAGCACUUUCACUUUCUAGGUGGUGGAUAGUUAGUGACUUGAACCGUCAGUGACUGGUCAGUUUAGUAUGACUUGGGUUUACCAAUUCAUUUGUUAAUGUUUCUUGA